AUGUACAUUCGUUUGUACGGAUGUUACAAGUCUAAUCGACCAAGGCACUUGCGAGAGCCACAUUCCUCUUGGUGUGAAGAAAGAGAUGGGUUCUAUUCCAUGGUAUUAGAGACAGGAUUCUCUAACCUGACUAAUAAGAUGAACCUAUUGACAUUCUGGGUCUGGGACGCCUCCUACUCCUCUUCCUCCUCUUCCUACUCUCCCCUCCUCCACCACUCAUCCUCCUCCUCUUCCUCCACCACUCACCCUUCCUCCUCCUCCUUCUCCUUGAUCUUCUCCUCCUCCACUCCUCCUCCUCCUCCUCCUCCUCCUACUCCUCUUCCUAUCCUCCCUCUUCAUCCCACAUUCCCCUCCUCCUCCUCCUUCUCCUUAAUCUGCUCCUCCUCAACUCACCCUCCGCUCCUCCUCCUCCUCCUCCUCCUGAACUCACCCUCCUCCUCCUCCUCCUACUCCACCACUCACCCACCCUCAUAUUCGUUGUCCUCCUCCUCCUCCUGUCACCUUCCUCCUCCUCCUCCUCCUCCACGCACCCUCCUCCUCCUCCUCCUACUCCACCACUCACCCACCCUCAUAUUCGUUGUCCUCCUCCUCCUCCUGUCACCUUCCUCCUCCUCCUCCUCCUCCUCCCACUCACCUCCUCCUCCUCCUCCUACUCCACACUCACCCACCCUCAUCCUCCUUGUCCUCCUCCUCCUUCUGUCACCUUGCCUCCUCCUCCUCCUCCACUCACCCUCCUCCUCCUCCUCCUACUCCACCACUCACCCACCCUCAUCCUCCUUGUCCUCCUCCUCCACCUGUCACCUUCCUCCUCCUCCUCCUCCUCCACUCACCCUCCUCCUCCUCCUCCUACUCCACCACUCACCCACCCUCAUCCUCCUUGUCCUCCUCCUCCACCUGUCACCUUCCUCCUCCUCCUCCUCCUCCAGCACUCACCCUCCUUCCUCUUUCUACUCCACCAUUCACCCUCUGUCUCCUUUUCCUACCCUCCCUCCUCCUCCUCCACCUCCUCCUCCUCCUCCCAUAUUCCCCUCCCUCCUCUUCAUCAUCCUCUUCAACUCACCGAAAUGCAAAGGUGAACGUUCUAGAUGUGAAAAGUUGAUUACUUCUCGAAAACAGCGAACAACAACAACCGACGCCUCCUCGAAUGAGCCCGACAUUUUAAUGGGAAUUUUCCCAAAAUUAUGA